AUGUCUAAUCGUUCUUCUCUUCAAUGCGUUGAAGCUUUUCUUCAAUGCGCUGAAGCUGCCCUUCCCACUUUCUCAUCUAUUAAAGUCUGUCAUUCUCCUCUGUCUUUGAUACAUUUUCACCGUGUUCUUCUCUUUCCACUUGCUCAUCUCUCUAAUUAUCUUUCUCUCUUCCUUGUGCUUGCUUCCCAAAUGGAUUCUUCUCCAUUUUCUAAAUUUGUUGACUUACUUAAUAGCCAACAAACCAUUUCGUUUGUUAACCUUGAAGAAACUGUCUCACAAGCUUCAUCCCAAGCUGUUGGAAACGAAGAUGGUGGUGAGACUGGUACUCGCGCAAAGACACGGCGGAAGUGGACGACUGCGGAUGAUAUUGUCCUCAUUAGCGCAUGGCUUAACACAAGCAAAGAUGCCGUGGUUAGCAAUGAGCAAAAAUCAAGCACUUUCUGGUCAAGAGUAGCAGCUUAUUACUCGGCAAGUCGUCAAGAUGGUGAGGGCGAGAGGGGAGUCCUGCAUUGCAAGCAACGUUGGCACAAGAUCAAUGAUCUUGUGUGCAAAUUCUGUGGCGCCUACGCAGCUGCAACCAGGGAGAAGACCUACACGUAUGGUCAUGAAGAAGCUUUCGAGGAUAACGAGGAUGGUUUUGAUGAAGCUUUCGAUCAAUAUUUUGAUCAACGUUUCGAUCAAGCAUUUGAAAAUGUGUGUUCGACUUAUGGUCAUCAAGGAACGCAAAAAAAAACAAGAAAGAAACGAGAAUUUAUUGAAAGAAACCGUGAAGAAGGUCAUCAACGAUUAUGGAAUGAUUAUUUCAGUGACACUCCAACAUAUCCUCAACAUCUAUUCCGACGCCGAUUUAGAAUGAACAGGCCAUUGUUCAUGCGGAUUGUUGAUCGCCUCUCCAAUGAAGUUCAAUUCUUUCGUCAAAAGCAAGACGUUACCGGAAGAAAUGGUCUCUCCCCACUUCAAAAGUGCACAGCAGCUAUUCGUGUGUUGGCAUAUGGUUCUGCGCUCGAUGCGGUCGACGAAUACCUCCGGCUCGGUGCAACCACUGCUCGGUUAUGUGUGGAAAACUUUGUGGAAGCAAUAAUUGAUUUGUUCGGCGUUGAGUACCUAAGGAGACCAACGCCGGAUGAUCUUCAACGUCUCCUUAAUAUUGGAGAGCUUCGUGGAUUUCCCGGGAUGGUAGGAAGCAUCGAUUGUACCUUGAAUGAUAUCAAUGUUCUUGAUCGCUCACCUGUUUUUGAUGACAUAAUAAAUGGUCAUGCUCCAGAAGUGAAUUUCUCGGUGAACGGAAAUUCUUAUUCAAUGGCUUACUAUCUCACCGAUGGUAUUUAUCCGAAAUGGGCAACUUUUAUCCAAUCUAUUUCACUACCACAAGGUCCGAAAGCGGCUUUAUUUGCUCAAUGUCAAGAAGCUGUCCGAAAAGAUGUCGAACGUGCUUUUGGAGUCUUGCAAGCUCGAUUUGCCAUUGUUAAAAAUCCAGCACUUUGUUGGGAUAAAGUCAAGAUCGGGAAGAUUAUGAGAGCGUGUAUCAUACUCCAUAAUAUGAUUGUUGAAAACGAACGAGAUCAACAAAGUCAAUUCGAUGUUUCGGGUUUCCAGCAAGGAGAAGGCAAUACAAGUUCACAUGUCGAUCUCACAUAUUCAGCAGAUACUCCUACAAAUAUCGCCAAUCAGAUGGGUGUUCGAGUAAGAAUCCGUGAUAAACAAGCACAUCAACAACUGAAACGUGAUUUGGUUGAACAUAUAUGGCGUAAAUUUGGACGUGAUCAAGACAACAAUUGA